AUGGACCAACAGGAGGAGAAAGCAGGCAAAACGGAGCCCAAAGGAGCUCGAUCGAGUCCCACAGAUCGAUCGACUCAUCACAUGAUCACCCACUCGAUCGACUCGCCUCCUGUGCUACCCACUCGAUCGAUCCCAUGCAAAGGGAGUAGCUCGAUCGAUCCCAUGCAGAGCGACGAAGCUCGAUCGAUCCCGUUCUGUCUCAGCCGUUCGAUCAAUCCCGGUCAGAUGAUAUCACAGCCGUUCGAUCUACUUGGUGCAAACCGACUUGAUCGAACCACAGCGAACCGGAUUGAACCGAAGUCGACCCCGGAGCUAUUUAGACCUAUCUUUAGCCAUUAUAAUGUGUAUGAGGACUUCAGUAACUCGGCUGGCUCCUCUGCUUCAAAUUUUGUUCCGGCCAGCGUGAUACCUCCUGAGACGAUUAUAAGAUGGAUCAAAUUUCUUCAUAGCCAAGACAUAGUUCUUUCUGACUGGGCGUUAGAGAAACUCGUCAGUUCCGGAGCGGCCUGGGUGCAAGCCGAGCUUCUCUCACAUUCGAGUGAGUCUUCCCCGGCUAGGCCGAAUCCUCCGCCAAAACCGCCAGAUCCACCGGAUCUCUGGCCGUUUCUUCUGUUUGUUUCUUCUCUUGCUCACCUUCACGCUCUUAGUCAUCCUCCGCCUCCGCCUCCGCCUCCGACUAGUUUGUGCGUUCUUCCUCUGCCCUAUCCUAAGCACAAGUCGAUAGUGUUAGUACUAGUUUUCUCAGGCACGGAGUUAGAGGUAGCCGGCUGCCAUGGUUGUUUCAAAUCUCACUUCUCCGGCGACAAUCCUCCUCCGACUGCCUCGACCAUUUCGGGCUUUCCAGUGACAAUACGAAGAACCGUUUCUUCUCUUUCGGCCAGACCGACAUCCAAGAUCCAACACCGCGGUUCGCCGGCAUUCAUGUCUCACUGGCCGCUGUCUACAACACCACUUUUCCUCUACCGCCUCUGUUCUCAUGUCCGGAGAAUCUCCGUCGACCAUCCACCUCCCUCCUCUCUGUCUGUGAUGGGCCGUACAAGAUCAUUUAUGCUUUUGGGCUUUGGGAACCCAAUAAGACUAGCCAUCACUGUUGCUGUUUCUGUUCGACAGAGUUGCGCUUCUGGCCAAAGAUCUUUCAACAUUCUGAAUUCAUACACCGAAGCCUUCUACCAAUAG